AUGUUUGAAUUACCAAACGUUAAAAGGAAGUACAGGGGAUGGAAAAAGUAUGUCAAGUUUCUUGAUUUACGGUUCCCACGUAUACAAGAAGAGCAUCACUUUCAAUCUUACUACUUUCACAUCUACGUUGUACAAAUAAGAAUUGCAAUAUCAUUCUUGACUGCAGUUUUGUUACUUGCAUUGAUAGUAGACUAUGUAUCACCAUUGGAUAUUAGGCUUUUACCUGCAUUGCUCCCAUUCAGUUUUAUCAAUCAAGAAACAACAUCUUCUUCACCACCUUCACCAUCUCAACCUCCUAUUAUAGACGAUGAAUCACUCAGAUCGAUGAUUAUAAGAGUCUCUACAGUUGGUUGUCUAUGUGCCUUUUUCCUAUUCACUUUUACUGAACGUUUCAAAAAACUAUGGAAAUUCUACAGUUGUGCAAUGUCUUUUGUUGCAAUUUUAAUUGCAUCCGGAUUAACCUUUUUACCAGCGGCCAUUUCAACUAUUGGCCUAUCAAUAUUCUAUUUCCUCUAUUUUCUAUUGUACAAUGAAAUCUAUUAUAAAAGCAUGCUAUUGAUUUCAACACUCUUAUUUGUAUCAUUGGUAUUUUUAAUGUCAAUAUCUCGUUAUAGAGAACAAUUGAUUAGAGAUAAGUUUAGGAUUUUGGAAAGUUUAAAAUUACAAUCAAUAAGAUCGGCAAAAGUUAUCAAUCAAAUGUUACCAACAGUGGUAGUUCAAAGAUUAAGAUUACAAUCGUCAAAAGAACAAAGUCUAUCAUCUAUUGUUUCUGAAACAACAAAAUCAACAUUACCCUCUGCAUCAUCGGAAUCAUAUUCCAAUAGUAGUAGCAGUAGAGGCUCAACAAGAGGAGAAUUAACAUCAUCACCUUCAUCAUCUAUCAUUGCCAUCGAUAUAUCACCUUCCAGUAGUAGUGGUAAUUCAUCUCCCAUCGGCGAUAAUGAAUCGAUUCACACACCAACCACUACACGAAGACAACCAAAUAUUGUUGAUCCACAAUCACCUAGCUCACUUCAACCAGGUCAAUACUCUGGAGAAGAACUAAUAGUUGACAAAUAUGAACAAGUAACGGUACUAUUUUGCGAAAUUGUAAACUUUGUUGCAUUGGUCGAUAGAAUGUCUAGCAAGGUUGUCAUUACAUUGUUGAACGAGAUUUAUACUUCUUUUGAUAGAAUGACUGAUCUCUAUGGUGUCACCAAAGUGGAACAUAUUGGAAAUGUAUACAUGGUAGUGGGUGGAUGUCCAGAGACUUGUCUCGACCAUGCACAUCGCGUAGCCAAUAUGAGUUUGGGUAUGUUAUCUAUAGUGCAGAGAUUUGAGGUGGUACAAGUCCGUUUUGGUAUGCAUACUGGACCCGUCAUUGGUGGCAUUAUAGGCAAAAAGAAAUUGUCAUGGCAUCUAUUUGGUGAUACAAUCAACACUGCCAGUAGAAUGGCUAGUCACGGUUCGAUUGGAAAGAUACAAUGCAGUCAAGCAUCACAACAACUACUUCGAUCAAAGUUCCUACUCGAAGACAGAGGUAAAAUUCAAGUCAAAGGAAAGGGUAUCAUGCGAACCUUUUAUCUCGUCAAAACAAAAACACUCGACAAACGUUAUACUGCCAUUUUCACAUUGCCAAGAGAUCCAGAGAAACUUUACAAAUUAGAUUAUAUUCCUCAAGUCGAUUUAUCAGAGGUUCAUAUCAAUGAAAAUGUAAUCAAUCAUGCAGAAAUUAAUCAAGAGACUACUACUACUACGACACCACGACCAAGAAAAGGUAGUAUAUUUUCUUCGGUGAUACCACACACAAAGGGAGGAAGCUCAAGUGUUGGUUUAUCGGCUGGAAAGAAUAUGGUCAAUCAACUUCAUCAAACUCUAUCGGCAGGUACCGAGAGCUUGGGUCGAUCUACAAUGAAAAAGAAUCAAGUCACAUUUUUAAAGGCAGCGGAUCAGAUUUCAAACAGUCCCUCAAGGAGUAGAGCUUCUUCAUUUGGUGGAGAAGACGAUAUAGCGCAGCAAGAUGAUUUUGAUGGAAUUAAUCUUGCAAACAUUGGAAAGGGAGUGAGUGGAUCCAAUGUUAUUCAUCAAUCCAAUACUCUAAACUUGGCCAAAGUAGAAAGAGAUUUAAGAAAACACUAUACACUAGACAAGAUUGCUUUGCAAUUCAAAUCACGUGACAAUAUAGUAGAGAUGGAGUUUUUAAAGGAUCACAACAAAGUUGUCUUUAACAAAAUACUUCUCUCUAUGUUAUUUUCUUCUGUCAUUUUUGCUUUGGCUGCCAUUUCUGAUUAUUUUACUUUAAAAGGUUCAGAUAAUCAGGCGUACAUUCGUAUCACUUGUAUACGAUUUGGACUUGUAUUUCUACAAUUACUCUAUAUUUUAUUGGUUUCAAAAUCUCAAACUCUAAGAGAUUAUAUUCAACAAUUGGCAAGUUUUUAUUUUAUUAUCAUACAGGCAUUAUUAAUAGUUUUGAUUAGUUUACCUCCUUUAAAUGAUGUUCCAAUUGAUGGAUUAUUAGUAUCAGAAAUUAUGAUUAUCAUAACGAUAUGUUAUAAUUUCUCUGGAAUCAGAUUUAUAAAUGCCAACAUUGUCACUUUAUUUUGUAUAUUUUUCUUUCAAAUCUCACUAUUGUGGAAAGAAACACCUCGAUCAAUCAUGAUGAGUCACAACUUUUAUUUGGUGGCAGCCAUUUUUCUCAAUGUUUGUACAUCGUACCUCGAUGAACUAUUCCUUCGUCAAAAUUGGGUGCAUGGAAAACUAUUAGACAAGGACCGAAGAGAAACUGAACAAUUGGUAUCAGACAUUCUACCCAUGUAUGUUGUUUUAAAGAUGAAGCAAGGUAUCCAACUAAUCUAUGACGAAUUUGAACACGUGACCAUAUUCCUCUCUGAUAUUGUCGGGUUUACUGAAAUAUCAACUCGUCUAUCGCCGAGUCAACUCGUCGAGACACUCAACCAAAUCUACAGUACUUUUGAUGAUCUUGCUGAAAGACAUGGAGUACUAAAAGUGGCAACCAUUGGAGACGCUUAUUUGUGUGUCUGUGGUUGUCCAGAAAAGAAAUUGGAUCACGCAGAACGUGUAGUAGCCAUGGCUAUGGACAUGUUGGAAGCUAUCAAAUCAAUCAAAACCGUUGACAAUAUUCCUGUUCGUAUGCGUAUAGGAAUACACACUGGUCCCGUUGUAACUGGUGUAACUGGCAUCAAGAUGGUUCAUUAUCAAUUGUGGGGUGACUCGGUUCAGGUCACCCAACAAAUGGAAAGUAAUGGUUGUCCCGAUAGAAUUCAUCUCUCGGAAGCAACUGCAUCACUAUUGCAUCACAAAUACAUCUUUGAAGAUAGAGGUGACUCUAUCAUUAAAAAGAGAAAAAUGAGAACUUUCUUUAUAUCAAGAGAGCGCCAACCAUCAGAUCCUCCAUAUAUUCCACCACCAGUAGUAGUAGUAGCACCGAUGCUGGUACCAGCAAAUUCAACCACAACAACUAGUCAUACACAUGGUAAUAUUGGAGGUACUAUAACUUUUAAUGCCAACAAUAACAAUGGUAUGAUGAUGGGAAUGAUUCAAGAAGAAGAAGAAGAAGAAGAUUCAAAAAUAUUGACAAUCACUGGGGAUGAUGAAGAUGAUGAUGAAGUUCAUUCAGCAUCAUAUAAUAAUAUUAGUAGUGAUAGUUUAUACACACCCCAACGAUAA